AUGAGGCUUUGGAUCUCUCAAGGACCAAUAGAUCCUGUGCUCGGCCGUGACAGAGCAAUUGACCAAAAUUAUAUACGGGAAUAUCACAACGAACAGGAUUAUGCAAAUGAGCCAUGGAAUCACUACAAAGACGCAGUAGAGGCAUACCUAAGUAUUCGGGAAGCCCAUCGGAAGGACUUUUUGAGACACGUAAAGGAUCCUAAGGUCACUCACGAGAUUGAAAGAAUCGACAAGUCAUGCAAUAGCUUCUUGACACGUCCCGAUGUGAAGAUUCUCAUAGACAGACUGCAGAAGCUUAAAACGGACUGGAAAGGCGAGGUUGUCUCGGACAUCUCACAGAUCCGGCAAGAACGGCAGGCGCAGUUGGACGAGACCAUCAAACCCGAGUAUAAGGAGUACUUGCGCGAUUGGGACGAAAAGCACCUAGCAGCAAUAAGGCCGCCAAAGAUUACUGAAGGGAUUGUUCCACGGUCGAGCUGGCCGAGGCGACGACUACCAAUCAUAUCUCAAAUCGCAAUGCAACUCAACAAACACAACAAGCAUCGGAGCGCACGGCCACGAGGUCGCCGGAUAAGCUCCCAUCCUCUACGGCCAGGUGGAAUAUGA